GUAUUAUAUUUAUGCAUGGCUUUUUAUUUAUGGUUAUGUAUUAUAGAUAGUUAAGUAUGGAGGGUAGUGAAGGAUCAUGGGGUGGAGGGAGCAUGAACCAAGCAAGUUCUAUGGAUUCAAAUGUUGAAGAUGGAGGAACUUCAAUUAAGGAUACUUGUGUCAUGGAGAUGUCAAGUAAAGAUUACAUCAUGGAACCUUCUAUAUUUACUUGUCUUAAACGUUACUUCCAAGCUGGAGGAAUGCCAGAAAAAGUUGUGGAAUUAUUAUCGGAAAAUUAUUCUGCUGUUGCGCAAACUGUCAAUCUUCUUGCUGAGUGGUUGAUCAUGUGCGGUCUGGCGCCAACUCAGGUUCAGGAUUUGGUGGAAGAUCAUCUAAAAGAUUUGCUUCUCAAGCAUUUUGAUCCAAAGAAAGCUGAUACAAUAUUCACUGAGGAGGGAGAGACUCCAUCAUGGUUGGAAAGUAUGAUCGCCCACCAAAAAUGGAGACAACUGUUUUACAAACUUGCUGAGGAAUAUCCUGACUGUCUCAUGUUAAACUUCACAAUUAAAUUAAUAUCCGAUGCUGGCUACCAAGCAGAAAUCACCAACGUAUCAACAGCAUGCACACAACUUGAAGUUUUUUCUCGUGUUUUACGAACAUGUCUUGCCACCAUAUUGGAAGGUGGGGCAGAAGAAGCAUUGAAGCAAAAUAUUCCAGAGUUUGCUAAAAUGGUUUGCCACGCUGAGCAUACCUACCUCUACACACAAGUUGUCAUGGCAAUACUUGCUCAGAACAAGAAUGGAGGAACUGUAGUUAGGAGGAUCUCGCAGGAAAUUCAAAAAUAUGCAAAACAAAAGGGUCAUGAUGUGACACAUAUAACGCUAGCACUAGAUGGCGCUACUGCAUACCCUCGUGCACAACAGUGUAUAAUGUCCAUGUUAUCCAAAUCACAACUCAACCCUGGAGAUGUCACUAUCCUGCAUAAGUUAUAUAGCUCUGAUGAUCCACCCCCUGUCAAGUUGUUAAGGUUUCCUUUGUUUCUUGAGUUAUUUGUGGAUAGUUUGUUCACGAGCAAAGGAACCAAGAUCAACCCUGAUCAUAAACACAAAUAUAUCUUCCUACUCGCUUAUGCUGCAAGUGUUACGGAACAACUAUACAGAGGCGAUCGUAGAAAGAUAAACUGUGAUGAAUUACAACAAACUUCACAAGCCAUUGAUAAAGUUCAUCACCUUGUGUGUGGGGGGAAAGGACAGCUUGAAUUAAUGUCAGAGAUUGGGACCUUGUAUCACUGCAUAAGAUAUCCUGUAGUUGCCACGGGAGUGUUGAAAUGGAUUGAACAAAUAGUUUCCGAUUCAACUUACUUUGAGAAGCAAAUGGACCAUACGCCUCUGCAUUUAACUUUGUUAGAUGAGAUUGUCUCAUGCCAUGUUUUACUUCACCAAGAUGUAUUGAAGUUGUUGAUCAAUCUUUUUGAACUUGCAUUCUCAAAUCUUGACACUCUAAUUCAGCUUGAAAUGAAGAAAACAGUCCUGGACAGAAUGGUCCAUCUCAUGAGCAGAGGUUGUGUUCUGCCAGUGAUAUCUUAUAUUCGAGAUUGCAGCGACAAAGAAGGCACAGAUGUUUCUUUAAUACGACAUUUUGUUACUGAGGUUCUGGACAUAAUAUGUCCUCCAUACACAUCUGACUUUGUACAUAUGUUCUUGCCAAUUAUUGAAAACGAAAGCAUCACUGGCUCUCUAAGAAAUGAGGAUGGCAAUGAUCCAGUGUCAGACUUUAUAGUUCACUGCAAGACUAACUUUAUAAUGGUUACAUGAUGACAAGAGGGUAUUUCAGCUGUGACAUAUCAUCAUUGUGACAAGAGGUCUUUACACCAAGGAGGGUUGUAUAGAAAUGCAUACAAUUGAUGCAUUUGACACGAAUGUAUUGUCGAAACUGUCAAAUAAAAGAGUUCGCGCGUUUAAAAACUGUUUAAUAAAAAUUUAAAAAUA